AGUUCCCUUACAAAAAUGCAUCGGAUAUCAUUCAUAUUAUUAAUAUUCCUUUCAUUUCUGACUACAGUUUCUUACUGCGACGAUGAAGAUUUCAUCGAAGACGAUGUCGAUUCUACAGUCACAGAAGAGCCGAUGUAUAGCCUUGAAAUUCCCGAUACUGUCAUAAUUGAACGGCAUAAUGCAACCGAUUAUAUAGCGUCUGAUAACAUUAAACAUCAUGCUAUGGGCGUAUCUGAUGAAAGGUGUGACAAUGCACAUUACAAUCUCGCAACAGACUUCGAUCCAGAAAAUCAGACGGAAAUUGAUAUUAAUUCAAAGUGUUUCGAGAGCAGCACAUAUCCUGUCAACGACAAAAUCCAGCCUUUAAUGACAAUGCUUGAAAUUCCGAAACGUUAUAUGCCCAUUCAUCGGUGUAUGAAGACAUACAUUCGAUAUAUCGAACGAAUUCCAAUGAUUGGACCUCAUCGACCUUUAUGGGCAAAAUAUGGUGAAUAUGUGUAUUUGCCACCGCAGCGUUGGUUACACAAUAUUGAACAUGGCGCAAUUGUGCUACUUUAUCAUCCUUGUUCUGACGCUGAGCAGCUCGAACAGUUCAAAAAACUCGUGAAAAAUUGCCUAUUUCGUCAUGUAAUAACACCUUUUACAAAUCUGACAGUGGAACGCCCUUUUGCACUAUUAGGAUGGUCUACAAGCUUAGAAAUGUCGCAUUAUGAUGAAGAACUGUCCAAAAAUUUCAUCAAAUAUUACGCAAGAUCUGGGCCUGAAAAGAUGUUCCGAGAUGGACAGUAUAAGCAGUUGCUGAUUGAAAAGGCAAAAGUUGUUACAAAUGUAAUCGAUUCAGAAAUUUGCCCAGGCCUUUAAAAGACAUAAAACAGCAUUAAUGUAACUUGAGAAGCGAGGAGUAAAUUCUUUUUAAAUUAUGAAUG